CUCUCUCCCUCUUCCUCCCCACCCUCUCCGCCGCAUCCCCGUCUCCCCCGACCCUCACCCCCACCCCGCUGCUCCCGUCCAAACCCUAACCCUAAACCCCACCCUGCGCCUCCAUCCAAUCCCUGCCUGGCGUCCACCCGUCCCCGGCGGCCCGGAUUCGGAUUCGCCGCGCCGGACCGAUUCGAUCGAUGUAGGCAGCGAGCAUCGCUGCCCACUCCGUACACACGACUCGCGCCCCCGCCUCGAGAUGGCUGCCGCGGGGUGACGAGGAGGAGGGGAGAGUAGUAGAGGGAGCGCCCAAGCGUAGAUGGCAUUGGGAGAUCUCAUGGCGUCCAGGCUCGUGCACUCGUCCUCAUCGUCGUCCUCGUCCUCGCUGCCCACCCCCUCCUUGGCGGCGGUGAACCACCAGACGGACCGCGUGGAUGGUGAGCUCCCUGUCGCCAACGGGCCGGAGCUUCGGAGGGAGGACGCCGGCGAGGAGGAUGAGGAGGGGAGGGCCGUGGCGCUCGUGCCGUGCCUGCCGCAGGUGGUUGUGCUGUGCGAGCAGCGGCACGAGGGGUUCGAUGAGGCUGCGGUGGCGGCGGCGGCCGGGCCAUCGACGAGCGGGCUCGUCUCCAAGUGGCGCCCCAAGGACAGGAUGAAGACUGGAUGUGUUGCACUUGUAUUAUGUUUAAACAUUAGUGUUGAUCCGCCGGAUGUAAUUAAAAUUUCCCCUUGUGCAAGAAUGGAGUGUUGGAUAGAUCCAUUUUCUAUGCCACCCCCCAAAGCCCUUGAAAAUAUUGGAAAAACAUUACACUCACAGUAUGAGCGAUGGCAGCCUAAGGCUCGUUACAAGCUUCAGCUGGAUCCAACAGUCGAAGAAGUCAAGAAGCUUUGUAAUACUUGCCGCAAAUAUGCCAGAUCAGAGAGGGUUCUUUUUCAUUACAAUGGUCAUGGUGUACCAAAGCCUACGGCUAAUGGAGAGAUUUGGAUGUUUAACAAGAGUUAUACACAGUAUAUCCCUCUUCCUAUUACUGAUCUCGAUUCAUGGCUGAAAACACCAUCGAUUUAUGUUUUUGACUGCUCAGCAGCUGGAAUGAUUGUGAAAGCUUUUCUAGAGCGCCUAGACUGGAGUUCAAGCUCUUCUGCGUCUUCAGUGAAGGAUUGCAUUCUCCUUGCUGCCUGUGAGGCACAUCAAACUCUUCCUCAGAGUGCAGAAUACCCCGCUGACGUGUUUACAGCUUGCCUGACCACUCCCAUAAAAAUGGCAUUGCACUGGUUUUGCAAACGAUCAUUACUCAGUGGUUCUCUGGAUCACUCUCUUAUUGACCAAAUUCCUGGAAGACAAAAUGACCGUAAAACACUUCUGGGGGAGUUGAACUGGAUUUUCACUGCUAUUACAGAUACUAUUGCAUGGAAUGUUCUUCCUCAUGAAUUAUUCCAAAGGCUUUUCAGGCAGGAUCUUUUGGUCGCCAGUCUCUUUCGCAACUUCUUACUUGCUGAGAGAAUCAUGCGGUCUGCAAACUGCUCACCAAUUACGUACCCACUAUUGCCACCCACACAUCAACAUCAUAUGUGGGAUGCAUGGGACAUGGCUGCGGAGAUCUGCCUUUCCAAGCUUCCUCAUUUGAUUGCUGAUCCUAAUGCAGAGUUUCAGCCGAGCCCAUUUUUCACGGAACAAUUGACAGCAUUCGAAGUGUGGCUUGAUCAUGGUUCUGAGGAUAAGAAACCCCCUGAACAGUUACCCAUUGUUCUUCAGGUCCUGCUUAGCCAAUCACACAGAUUUAGAGCACUUGUUCUGCUUGGAAGAUUUCUUGAUAUGGGUCCAUGGGCAGUUGAUUUGGCCUUAUCUGUUGGUAUCUUCCCUUACGUGCUCAAACUGCUCCAAACAAGUGCGAUGGAGUUGCGUCAAAUUCUUGUGUUCAUAUGGACAAAAAUUCUCUCUCUUGAUAAGUCAUGCCAGGUUGAUUUGGUGAAAGAUGGAGGGCAUGCAUAUUUUAUCAGGUUUCUUGAUAGUUUGGAUGCUUACCCGGAGCAGCGUGCAAUGGCUGCUUUCGUUUUAGCAGUUAUUGUGGAUGGGCAUAGGAGGGGUCAAGAGGCUUGCAUGAGUGCAGGUCUUAUAGAUGUUUGCCUGAGACAUCUGCAACCUGAGAAUCCUCAUGAUGCACAGACAGAGCCUUUGCUUUUGCAAUGGCUUUGUUUAUGCCUUGGCAAACUCUGGGAAGAUUUCCCUGAGGCUCAGUUACUUGGUCUACAAUCAAAUGCACCCGAAAUUGUUACAUGUUUAUUGUCUGAGCCUCAACCUGAGGUCAGAGCCUCUGCUGUUUUUGCACUUGGAAAUCUGUUGGACAUUGGAUCUCCAUCAGUGAAUGGAGGUGAUGACGACUCUGAUGAUGAUGAAAAGGCGAGAGCUGAAAUAAAUGUUGUUCGAAGCCUUCUGCAAGUCACUUCAGAUGGUAGCCCUCUUGUUAGAGCCGAGGUUUCUGUAGCUCUUACUCGCUUUGCGCUGGGCCACAACAAACAUCUCAAAUCUGUUGCUGCGGAGUACUGGAGACCUCAAACCAAUUCACUGCUGAAGUCACUACCAUCAUUGGCUAAUAUUAAUAACCCAAGCAAUGUUUACAGUCCCAGUAACUUUUUGCAAGGCAGCAGUGGCCUUUCUUCUCAUAUUGGUCCUGUGUUAAGGGUUGGUAGUGAUACCAGUGCCACAGGUCGUGAUGGAAGAAUUUCUACAAGCAGCCCGAUUGCGACAAAUAGCAUUAUGCAUGGGUCUCCCCAGUCAGAUGAUUCUUCUCAGCACUCUGAUUCAGGCAUAUUGCUGAGAGAUAAUGCAAGUAACGGUGGUCUCAGCUACACCAGGUCAAGGCCUAUUAUUGACAGUGGAAUUUAUUCCCUAUUUAUUUCGACGAUGUGCUCUAUUGCUAAAGAUCCUUACCCUAGAAUUGCAAAUAUUGGCCGGAGAGCACUGUCCCUUGUAGGGGUUGAGCAAGUGGUCAUGAGAAAUACUAGAUUUGGCAGUGGGGGUGCAGGAGAGUCAUCUGCUCCUUCAUCAAACAUAGGAAUGGCACGUUCUUCUUCCUGGUUUGACAUGAAUUCUGGAAUCUCAAUGGCAUUUAGGACCCCUCCUGUUAGUCCACCUCAGCAUGAUUACCUUACAGGGUUGCGCCGCGUGUGUUCUAUGGAGUUCAGACCACAUCUCUUGAACUCACCUGAUGGCUUAGCUGAUCCGCUCUUAAGCUCUGCUGCAGCCCCCAGUACCAGUGAGCUUAAUAUACUUCCCCAAUCAACAAUUUACAACUGGAGUUGUGGCCACUUCUCUAGGCCUCUUCUAACCGGGUCUGAUGAUAAUGGGGAAGUAAGUGCUAGAAGAGAAGAGAGGGAACGAACUGCACUGGAUUGCAUCGCUAAGUGCCAGCGUUCCUCAGCAUGCAAAAUGACUAGCCAAAUUGCUAGCUGGGAUACAAAGUUUGAGUUGGGUACAAAAUCAGCAUUGCUGUUACCUUUUUCUCCAAUCGUCGUUGCAGCUGAUGAAAACGAGCAAAUAAGAGUGUGGAAUUAUGACGAUGCUCUACCAGUGAAUACUUUCGAGAACCACAAGUUGUCUGACAGAGGACUAUCCAAACUUUUACUUAUCAAUGAGCUUGAUGAAAGCUUGCUUUUAGUUGGCUCAAGUAUGCCUUCCCUCUUUAUGGCUUUCUCUUGUAUCUGUACAUAUGUAUUCCUUGUGACAUCUUUUUUUCAUACUGUAGGUGAUGGAAAUGUCCGUAUAUGGAGAAACUAUACUCAAAAGGGAGGACAGAAACUUGUAACUGCUUUCUCAUCAGUUCAGGGCCAUCGAGCUGCAGGCCGCAGCGUUGUGAUUGACUGGCAACAGCAAUCUGGUUAUCUGUAUGCAUCUGGUGACAUGUCUUCCAUCCUUGUAUGGGAUCUUGACAAGGAGCAACUUCUCAACACCAUUCCAUCAUCUGCUGAUAGUGGCAUUUCAGCUCUGUCUGCAUCUCAGGUUAGAUCUGGUCAAUUUGCUGCCGGUUUUAUUGACGCAUCCGUAAGGAUAUUUGAUGUUCGUACCCCUGACAGGCUAGUUUAUAUGGCAAGACCACAUGCCCCAAGAACUGAAAAGGUCGUCGGUAUAGGAUUUCAGCCUGGAUUUGAUCCAUACAAGAUUGUAAGCGCAUCUCAAGCUGGAGACAUUCAGUUUCUUGAUGUUAGAAGGGCUGCUGAACCCUACCUCACUAUUGAAGCUCACAGGGGUUCAUUAACAGCAUUGGCUGUUCACCGGCAUGCCCCAGUCAUUGCAAGUGGCUCAGCUAAGCAAAUGAUUAAAGUGUUCAGUCUUGAAGGAGAACAGCUAACGAUCAUUCGGUACCAGCCAUCUUUUAUGGGCCAAAGGAUAGGAAGUGUAAACUGCCUUUCGUUCCAUCCGUACAAAUCUCUCCUGGCUGCUGGAGCUGGUGAUAAUGCUCUGGUCUCUAUCUAUGCUGAGGACAAUUAUCAAGUAAGAUGAGGUUUACAUCCUGUGGCAUGCAAUGACGACACAAUCAGUAGGCCAUGAUUGGCCGACUGCUGGAUCCGCAGCAGGUUCAGCUACAAGAUACAAGAUGAUACAAAGCCUGGUCAGUGACAUGGUGGUGAUUGCAGUGCUGUGGCUUUUUGGUCCAUAUUGCUUGUGUUGGGCAUCUACAUCUCUGGUCGGCGUGUGCAAUUUGUAAGAUACAAAUCAAGAUUCAUUAGCCUCCCUUGCAGAAGGUUGUGAAAGUGAAAGGCAGUUGUGGUCCAGUCAGUGAAUUCGGAGGCUUCCCCAAUAAUCAUACCUAGGUUAACUGAAAUGUAAAUAGCCGUCCCCAUUUGGAUUGUUGUCCUGUCAGUCAGUUUUCUUCCUUUCCCAAAGUGUAAAAAGGUUUGCCGAUGCUUCAUAUCAUAAGUCGGGUCUGGCGGGGUCUGCCCGGGCAAGUGGUUGUUUAUAUGGGCCAGGAAGGGAGAAUGCAUGCACAUGUCUCCUCACAGAUGUUCUUCAAUAGAUAGAUGCUCCUUUCCAGCUAAUAUAGCAUUAGAGGUGAGUUGUUACUAUGGCUUGCUUUAACCAGUGUUGUCCAGGUCAUUCUUUCUAAGCAUUGGACUAUCAUCAUCCAGUGUUGUCGUCAUAGCAGGGCUUCAUUGUCCAUUUGUACAUAUGAACUGCAUUUGUACAGUAGUUAAUUCUCUUAAGAUAAGUUGUAAUGCAUGUUUGUCCUUGGGUGUAUCUGGCAUAUUCUGAAUAUUUAAGUGAAAAAGAAGCUUGUCUCUGUGUACA